AUGACCAACGCAGGCUCCGUCGCAGCUCCCGCAGGCACCGUCACAGGCACCGCCACCGAUGCCGACACUGCCACAAGCUUCGUCGUCACAACAGUUUCCAUUCCCGAUGCCACAGAUGCCGCCGCCCUACGCGUCUCAUCUGCCGUCGAUGAUGUCGCAGAUGUUGCCGCGGUCCCAGGCACAAGGUCGGCUUCCCCAACAGCCGCCCAUGCUGCCCGGGAUGGCCUCGUCCUGCCCCGAGAUGAUCCGCGGAGCAGGGCCACCAACACAGCUGCAGCCUCAGUGGCCGCCACAGUUUUAACUCGGCGCGGCAACACAGUAUCCAGCACGGCCACCUCCAGCCCUGGAGGCAGCCCGAGGCCACAGCACCAGACAAACACCUUUGCUGACAGUAGCACGGAGCUUCAGCGAUGGACCAAGCCAAAGCCCCCGCCUGUAGCCCCCUCCCAAGGCACAGCCAACUCCCAAGCCCCGGCGCCAGCGGCACCAAAUAGCGGGCCGCCAGGUCGUCGGCGGCGGCCCCGACAACCACCCGUCAAGCAGGAAGACUCGCCCGCCGCGGAGGCGCUCACGCCGCAGGUGCUGCAGGCCUCCUGCAGACCCAGUCUGCCAUGCGUGUUGGCGUUUGAAGCACUGCCGCGGCCCUCAGGCCCCGUCACCCAGGAGUCGGGGAAGUGGGAGGGCCGCGGUGUUGUCGGACACCAACACAGCAGCAGCAGACUCUGCCGCCACGCUCCCACACCAGGCUGCCUGUCCAUGCAGCCAGUCACUGGCGCAGGCAGCGGCUGCAUCAGGCUGACCCAGUCACUAGUGCAGGCCGCAGACUAG